ACGUAAGAAAGAUUUCUCCUUCAAAAUAGAAACAGUUCUAAGUAAUUCAAUUACUUGGUGGGGGUUGUAGCUGUGUAGUGGGAAUUAGUUGAAAUCUGGAAUCAUGCAGCACCGGAAUCGUAAAGGAGGAGAAUUGCUGCUGGAAAUCUGAUUGUGCAUAAAUAGAAAUGGGAAAACUGAGGUCAAUUAGGAGCAAAGCUGUCCACUUUGUCUCUGAUCUCACCACUGUCUUCCUCAACCCCAUCUCUGAUAAACCCUCGGAGCCUCAAUCUCCUGAAAAAGAAAGUGUGUCAAAAAGAAGUCAAGAAGAUCCAGCUGAGGAAGAGGAUAAUGAGGAUUUAGUUGAUGGGCCUGAUACUUCUUCCUUUACUGCUUUCCUUUAUUCGCUAUUGUCAACUUCAGACUCAGGGGUUAAUUUGAAUACUGAUGAGAAAAAUGACAAUUGUGAGGAGGCUGUUGAUGCAUCAUCUGACACAACAAUGAAAGGGAUUGGUGGAAGAAAGAGCUUACUUUCAAGGGGUAAGCAAUCACUUAGAUCUCUUUACCAAGCUACUAGAAUUCGUGGUUACAGAAAUCAAGAGCAUAAGGCUGAUUCUGACAUGAAAAUUGGUGAUGAGGUCCAUGAGGAUGAUACUAAAUUUGAUGGGCUUGAGUUGAGGCAAAUGCAAAAUGACAAGGAGCAUGAGGCUUUGGUGGAUGCUCCAGAAAUGUCUGAACCAUCCUUGCUUCUUACAGAGAAAACAAGAAGCGCUCUUUAUGCCUCACUUCCAGCACUUGUUCAGGGAAGGAAAUGGUUAUUGCUUUACAGUACAUGGAGGCAUGGCAUAUCACUUUCAACAUUGUACAGAAGAAGCAUGCUCUGGCCUGGGCCCAGUUUGCUGGUUGUUGGAGAUCGUAAAGGAGCAGUUUUUGGUGGCUUAGUUGAGGCUCCCCUAAGACCAAUCAAUAAGAGAAAAUAUCAGGGAACAAAUAGUACAUUUGUUUUCACAAAUACACCUGGCCACCCUGUCAUAUUCCGUCCCACAGGGGCAAAUCGCUACUUCACCUUGUGCUCAACAGAAUUUCUGGCAAUUGGAGGUGGUGGACAUUUUGCGCUCUAUCUGGAUGGUGACUUGUUGAAUGGAUCAAGCUCAGUCUCAGAAACUUAUGGAAACCCUUGUCUUGCACACUCUGAAGACUUUGAAGUUAAGGAAGUGGAGUUGUGGGGCUUUGUAUACGGGUCAAAAUACGAGGAAGUACUUACUUUAAGCAGAACAGAAAUGCCUGGAAUUUGCCGCUGGUGAAUUUUGUUUUGAUGGGCAAUACUUGGGAUUGAGGUGGUUGUGGUUUAAUUGGCUCUUAAAUCUUACCAUUUGCUGAUCAAUUUGACAACUGAAGCUUGAGUCUUUGUCUUAAAUAAGUGUUUCCACUCUGAGUCAAUGUCCCUGUCCUGAUUGUUUAUGCACUUGUAAAUACGUCCAACCUUGUAAAUAUACCAGAGUACUGCAGAAAUUGAUUAUCUUUUAUCUAUUGUGAAGAAAACAAAAGCAAAUAUAAUCCUUUCUAUGGAUGGUUUGUAAUUUUGUAUUAGAUAGAUGGUAUAAUAAGCAUGCUUUGAUGAU